AGCUCAGUCAGCCCCAACUGGGUCUGGCAGUGGGACUAGGCGGGCCCGCAGGCCGCGGCUGAGCGAGCGAGCCCUGGGCGAGUGAGUUGUGGCUGCGGGUCGGCGGUGGAGACAACCCCCGGAGGGAGGCGGAGGGAGGCGAGGCAAGGCCCGCACCUGCCUGCAUCCCGCCUCCCACGCCCCAGCGCCCUCCGACCGUGCAGUUCUCUGCAGGACCAGGCCAUGGAGCGCGAAGUACAGCGGGUCCGCCAGGCAUUCCUGUCCGGACGGUCGCGAUCCCUGCGGUUUCGGCUGCAGCAGCUGGAGGCCCUGCGGAGGAUGGUGCAGGAGCGCGAGAAGGACAUCCUGGCGGCCAUCGCCGCCGACCUGUGCAAGAGUGAAUUCAAUGCGUACAGUCAGGAAGUCAUUACUGUCCUUGGGGAAAUUGAUUUUAUGCUUGAGAAUCUUCCUGAAUGGGUUACUGCUAAACCAGUUAAGAAGAACCUGCUCACCAUGUUGGAUGAGGCCUAUAUUCAGCCACAGCCUCUGGGAGUGGUGCUGAUAAUCGGAGCUUGGAACUACCCCUUUGUUCUCACCAUUCAGCCACUGAUAGGAGCCAUCGCUGCAGGAAAUGCUGUGAUUAUCAAGCCUUCUGAACUGAGUGAAAAUACAGCCAAGAUCGUGGCUAAGCUUCUCCCUCAGUAUUUAGACCAGGACCUCUAUAUUGUUAUUAAUGGUGGUGUUGAGGAAACCACGGAGCUCCUGAAGCAGCGAUUUGACCACGUUUUCUAUACGGGAAAUACUGCGGUUGGCAAAAUUGUCAUGGAAGCUGCUGCCAAGCAUCUGACCCCUGUGACUCUUGAACUGGGAGGGAAAAGUCCAUGUUAUAUUGAUAAAGAUUGUGACCUGGACAUUGUUUGCAGACGCAUAACCUGGGGAAAAUACAUGAAUUGUGGCCAAACCUGCAUUGCACCUGAUUAUAUUCUCUGUGAAGCAUCCCUCCAAAGUCAAAUCGUGUGGAAGAUUAAGGAAACGGUGAAGGAAUUUUAUGGAGAAAAUAUAAAAGAGUCUCCUGAUUAUGAAAGGAUCAUCAAUCUUCGUCAUUUUAAGAGGAUACUAAGUUUGCUUGAAGGACAAAAGAUAGCUUUUGGUGGGGAGACUGAUGAGGCCACACGCUACAUAGCCCCAACGGUACUUACUGAUGUUGAUCCUAAAACCAAGGUGAUGCAAGAAGAAAUUUUUGGACCAAUUCUUCCAAUAGUGCCUGUGAAAAAUGUAGAUGAGGCCAUAGAUUUCAUAAAUGAACGUGAAAAACCUCUGGCUCUCUAUGUAUUUUCGCAUAACCAUAAGCUCAUCAAACGGAUGAUUGAUGAGACAUCCAGCGGAGGUGUCACAGGCAAUGACGUCAUUAUGCACUUCACGCUCAACUCUUUGCCCUUUGGAGGAGUGGGUUCCAGUGGGAUGGGAGCUUAUCACGGAAAACAUAGUUUCAAUACUUUUUCUCAUCAGCGUCCCUGUUUAUUAAAAAGUUUGAAGAGAGAAGGUGCUAACAAACUCAGAUAUCCUCCCAACAGCCAGUCAAAGGUGGAUUGGGGAAAAUUUUUUCUCUUGAAACGGUUCAACAAAGAAAAAUAUGGUCUCCUGUUGCUCACUUUCCUGGGCAUUGUAGCCGCUGUGCUGGUCAAGAAAUACCAAGCUGUGCUGAGGAGAAAGGCCCUGUUGAUUUUUCUGGUAGUUCACAGACUGCGUUGGUCCAGUAAGCAGAGAUGAACAGCAGAUUUCAAAACCCAGCCCUGUCUGUUAAGAGUGAGGCUGGAUAUUACUGAAGAAUGAUCCUGUUCAACCUCCUAGUGCCUCUACUGAAUUAUUCCUCUUUUAAAUGGUUAAUGAACCAAUCAUUUUUAAAUCCUACCACAAAUAGUAAGAAAAUAUGCAAACACACUGUGACCAAACUCAAAAGUCAUUGCCAUUCAUCAUUAAUAAAACUUGCCAUUUCAACCAAAUCCCAACAUUCCCUAAUAGGGUAUUCAGGGAACCUGUCUUAAAUUGUGCUUAUCUAAAUCUUGGAGCUUUGAGCUAGGGGAGGAGAAUGUAUUAGACUAAAUACAAACUUUAAGGGAGUCUCAGAACCUACUCAGUGAGUUCUUCUCUUUAGUUAAUGGCACUGCCCACCUCCUGCCCCUGCUACCACCACCACUGUGUGAAGCUUUCAAGAGCCUGGUGCUUCCCAGGGCUACCAGCAGUCCUCUGUAGUCAGAGAGGUGAGGUCAGAUGGUCUCGGUUCCCUGUGAGAUUCCAGGCACUAAAACCCUAUGUCGGGGAGGGAGGGGUUACUCUUCCUACAAUGGGACUCAAGGACUUGACCUCCAGGAGUCAGGCCCCUGGUCAGAAGUGCCAUCUCACCAGUGGUCUUCAUUCUCCCUUAUUCAUGCUCCAUCAUCCUGUGUUCUGUUUAGUUGCAACAAUCUCUUGUGACUAAUAUCACUCAAAGCAUAUUGUAAAUCCUAGGGCUUCCUGGAAGUUAGUUGCCAAAGUCAUGCAAACAUCAUCUGUCAUUCUUGUGUUGGAGUUAUAGAAUUCUACAUCUUAUAAAACCUAACUGGCAUUUUAAAAAUACUGUAGCCGGACGUGGUGGCUCAUGCCUGUAAUCCCAGCACUUUGGGAGGCCGAGGCGGGAGGAUUGCUUGAGUCCAGGAAUUUGAGACCUGCCUGGACAACAUAGUGAGACCUCAUCUCUACCAAAAAGUAAAAAUAAGCUAGGUGUGGUGGCAUGAGCCUGUGCUCAGGAGGCUGAAGCAUGAGGAUCGAUUAAGCCUGCGAGGCCAAGGCUGCGGUGGGCUGUGAUUGCACCACUGCACUUCAGCUUGGGCAACAGAGCAAGACCCUGUCACCCAAACAAACAAAAAAUACUGUAAUAAAAGUACUUAUACGAAUCCUCUCUCAGGACCCUAGGUUGCAGGUUAGUAGGUCUUCAAGGACAAAUCUGUAAGUUUCUUAUUUCUGUAGCACAGUGCAAGUAAAAUUUCACUUUUUUAAACUAUAGAGAGAUCCCUUUCUGAAUAGCCUACAGAACUGAAAGUGAGAGAACCAUUUCCUCUCACAGACAAAGAGGCCUUGGAUAUUAGGACUUUGGGGUUUGAGAGCUUCAUGGGGCAGACAGUUGGUGGAUGGUCUGGACAAGAAGCGAGUAAGCCACUGCACUUGGUCAUACUGAAGGGGAUGGAUGGCAAAAGGAUCCCCUGAGCAAGUCAGAAGUUACUCUCAUCAGUCGUCCAUGGCCACAACCUGAGGUACUCAGCUGAGUGGGCAAGGCUGAAGAAGAGGCCUGUGGAACGCAGCAUUACCUGCUGGACAGGGCAGGGCAGGCAGUGCUAUGCCUUGGAGCUCCUGACUGCAGAGACUCCGUCCCCACACUCAGAAAGACUCAGCUCACUCAAUAAGAGAAUGUAAUUUACUUUAUAGAAUGUAUAAUCAACUUAGUUGAAUAAUUUGUUCUAUUAAGGCUGUCUAAAGUAUGUGAUGUCUUCAUCAUAGUAUGAAGUGUUGAGAAUUAAUAACUAGCCCAGUUUAGGAAAAAGCUGCUUAAAACUGGCCCUAAGAGAGUAAUCAUAAAAUACCUUAGAUAAAAUUGCAUUAUAGAAUUUUCAUUGAGUGUGUUAAAAUUACUGGCUUGUCUACUAAUACAUAUCUGCUUCAAAAUGAACAUCUUUCAUAAAAUUGGCAUCAAUUUUAAUGACGUUCCUGGUGUGGAACCUCAGAUAUUCCCUAUUGGAGAUAAUCCUUUGGUUAUAAAUUCUCCCCAACUAUAAAUCCUUUUAUGUCUUUAUCAUA